GUAGAUAUAUGUAUUUACUACUUAGCUUCAUAAAACAUUUCGUGAUUGUCACAACGAAACGUGGCUAGCUUUCAAAACUACUUCACUUAUAAAGUUGAGUGCAAAACAAAUUUUAGUUUACCUUAAUAACACAGAGGGUGUAACAGUAACAUCGAGAUGCGACAUGCGCGCUCUGUGUUCGGUUCGCGGGCCGUUAGGCGGAGACACUCGCGCUCUAGGCGCGGGUGCUCGGUUUCUGUCCCUCCGCAUGCCCGGUCAAGCACAGCCUCUUCACUUCGUUGUGGAAGCAAAAUCAAGAGUCAAAGAGUUAAAAGCAUUGGUCAACGGACAUGUCCAGCUACGAGGCAUGACCGAUACGGAUUUUUUCGGAUUAGCUGUAUUACAAAACGGCGAGUAUUUGUUUGUUGAUUUGGAGAGCAAAUUGUCGAAGUACGCACCAAAGAGUUGGAGAUCAUCACACACUCAUGGAUUAGAUGCAAAUGGAAAACCUCUCCUGGAAUUGCAUUUUAUCGUCCAAUUCCACGUGGAAAGUCCAUUACUAUUACAUGAUGAAGUUGGACGCCGUUUGUACUUCUUACAAUUACGUCACAAUAUUCGAACCAGAGACGCUAUACCUGCGGAGAUGGUGCUUUUGCUUUCUGGCUUGGCAUUACAAGCAGAGUAUGGAGACGCAGACGCCUACGAUAAUCAUGAUUACUUCAAAGUUGAAGAAUACGCACCUGCGUCGCUUACAGGAGACUGGGUGGCUGCGGCAAUGCGCGCUUGCCAUCGUGAGCACCACGGCUUAUCAAAAACAGAAGCAGAGACGAGAUUUAUACGUGAAGUUUGUUUGUUACCGGACACGCUAAAUUCGCACCGAUACCGCUUAAAACAAAGUAAAUCAGAACCAGAACCCGGAACCGUUUGGUUACUCGUUACAGCAAAAGGCAUAAAAAUCUUACCAGAUAACGGAACGCUGUCAGAUUUUAUUUGGAGUGCUAUAGGAAAACUCAGUUUUGAUCGAAAGAAGUUCGAGAUUAGAACGGACGACGGCAAAAUAACUUUGUACUCGUCGAGCGAAGAAAAGUGUAAAUACCUUUUCGCUUUAUGUAAGGAAACCCAUCAGUUUUCAAUGAAAAUAGCACCAAGAUUCAGUGAGAUUUUAAGAAAAGAGGAGGAAGAACGUAAACUUUGUUUUGGCUAUUCAAAAUCUUUUAACUCUCGGUACAACCAAAACAAAAGUGAGCAGAGAAUAUCGGUCAUCUCUUCAACGAGUUCCAACACAACAUCAGGUAUUGUCAGUGACAGAGUGCAAUCCGAAGAUGAAUUAGAAAUUAUGAUCGACUCCCCUCCGGCACCUUCUACGGAAAGUUUGGCUAUUGCUCAUUUGUUAGACAGCUCGAAUUCGUACGUUAUCAGUCAAUCAACUCAAGAAAAUAUAUCUAAUAGCUUAUCACCUUUUCAUUUUCAAAAAUCGAGAUUCAAAUCAAAACGCACAAAGGAAGAAUGUGACAAUACUUUAAAAAAUGAAACCUUCAAUCCGGAAGCAGUACAACAUUCGAUAAAUCAGAUGGAUGAAACGACUUCUUUGCCUGAUCAAAGCGUUGUCGAAAGCGACAGUCCGACUUCAAGCAAAUUAAAAUGUACUGGAUCGCAAUGCUCAUCAUCAUGCAGUACAGUUAUAAUGACUAGGACGGGUCUAAGUACUCUAAGUAGAACAUCAAACGCGAGCAGCUUAGAAUUAGGAUACAGUCAUACGGCUCAAAAUUCAAUGAUCAGUGAUAAUAGCACAGGUGGUAUAGACUUAGAAUACUCCCAAGAUACCGCUUCAGCAUUAUAUGAUGGGUUAGGUCAACCGGCAACCAUAGCUGCUUCUAGUGAAACAAGCGGUGUUUAUACAAUGACUAGUUCAGAAUUAACAACUAGAUUAAAAAUAGAUGCAAUGUCAGAAGAUAGCCGAACAGAUUACGAUGAAUCUCAUUAUGAUUGUUAUAAGCAAGCAAAAGAGAAUGAUCUUGCAGAGUUUGACAGCAUUUCGUCUAUUCUUAAAAAUAAAGCAAAAACACUGAAUCACGUAACGAAUAGAUUACAAGUGCCAAGUUCCGAUUGCGUUGAUGGUUCAUCGAAGUAUGCAAAUCAGGAUCACGAUAAAGAAAACAUUAUACUUUUUAGAGAACGAACAAACUCCAACGUAAGUGCUAGUUCGUUCCAUGGAGACGGAAGUGACCCAACAGAUAAUAAGCAUAACUUAUUAACAGCUAGUGAAUUAAGUGAUUUGAUUGUUGGAAGGGGUGUUUAUCCUAAAAAACAAUCAGUGAGUGACACUCUGGAUUCCGUAUCCGAUUAUGUAAGGCUUCCUUUACCUUUCUCUGGGGACAGUUAUCUCCCGGGUCAUGAAGACACUGCCCCUUGCGAUGACAACUACCCCAACAAUCAAUUUUUCGACCGACCUCCGACUCCUCCGACUAGAAUAGACAGCCGUAAACUGCUCAAUUUGUCUUUACCAAAUAUAUUAGACAUAAAUCUGGAUACGUUUAAUAAGCCCAGUUUUCCUCAAAAACCGCCACCGCCGUAUGAAUUUAACCACAGAACAGUUCCAUCACAAAUAAAAACGCCGUUAAAAGACCCUCCUGCGUAUCCUGGAUGCUCAUUGAGUACAUUGAGUACAUCCUUGACGCAUUUGUCAGAUAAAGAAGAAGUAUCUGCAAGGAUGGUCACGUCCAAACCAAUGAUUACUAUACUGAAAGCAGAAGCAGGAGAAGUGAAUACACCCUGUGAAAGAACUUUCGCUAGUCCCAUGGUGCUGGAACAUAGAUUUCAAAAAUCAAAAAGACAUCAGGCUUCAAGUCGUAGAGCCGAAAGAUCAAAAUUAGCUCAAGGAAUAAGUAAUCUAUCUCCAUCAAGAGAAGUCCCUCCACCCCUUGGAGUUGAUUCAAACGUGUUUGUAGCGAUGAUGAAGUUACCUCCACCUCCGCCCCCACCAAGACGAUCUAGGCUUCCACCACCUCCACCAGUCACUAGAAUACCUCCUCCACCUCCCCCACAUAAUCCUAUUUUUCAUCAACAGCUGUACAGCGACGUCGAUUACGUUUAUUACCCUCUACAAGAUCCAGCAAUUUCUCAACAAAAUUAUCUUGAUCACAAACUAACAGAAUCCAGACUGACAAAUAUGCAAAAAAACAGUUUGCAAUACAGAAGCACGCCGUACUUAUCAACAUCUUUGUCUGCAUCGUCCGUAUACGGCUCAAUACAAAACCUUUCGGAUUCUUAUAUCCAACUUCCGGGAACGCGUGCGAGCUGGUAUUCAUUAACGAGCAAAACAACUCUCAGCAAUCAUUCCAUCAAUGUGGAUAGGCCGCAUAUGCCGCCAUGUUUCGUAGAUUUUUCACGACCUAAACCUGACGAAAAGGUUCUCAUAAAAGAACCACCACCGGUGAAAAUGAGGAGAAUGCCACCGCCGCCGCCGCCACCCUACGAGCACAAGAAAAAACUGCCACCACUAAAAGAACCGAAACAACCACACGGCAGUGCAAAUGUGAAAAGUGAAUUUAGUGCUAAUAAAUUACACGCUAAUAACUGUGAUUUGGACAUUAAAACGCUUAGGGAAAAAAGCAAAAACCUAGACUUACCUCUUAUAGCGGCAUUGUGUAAUGACCGCUCUUUACUCAAACAAACUAAAGCUUUUGGUGCUCCAAAGUUAUCGAAACAAACAUGUACUGAUUAUGACAGUGAACGUGCAAAGUCCGCUCCCAACACCACCGAUAACGUAGAUAUAAGAAAUAAACAAGAAAUCAAUGUCAAAAGAGUUGCAGGGUCGCAGAAAAAGAUUUUGUUAAGAAAUCCUACAGACAAACUUCCCGCAUUACCAGGGUCGGAAGUGCAUACACCUAGAGCCAUGUCUAACACGUACGUUGUGCACCCCGCAGUAGUAAAAAAUAAAAAAAUUCAACCAAACUCAUGACAUCAUUAACUUUGUCUCGUCUAUGCUACUUGUGAAUCCUUCCAGUGCUAUGAUCUUUCAUCCACCGAUUCGGUAUCAUUAAAAGACUGAUAUUAUGCAUCAUGACAAUCCAACUUGGGCCCACAUAAUCUAAAUUCAACUUCACAUUAUUUAUCUUUGUUGUUAAAGUUUUCUUGAAUUAUACAAUUAUGUUUAAUAAACAAUAAUAAUUUUAAAUAUUUACUACACUCGUCACAAUUAACUAUUAAUGUGGACCCAAAUAAUGUAAUUACUUAACAUUUAAUAUGUACAUAUUUUUGAUAAUUUCUUUUUUUUCUUGUUAAUAUCAAUAUUUAAUAUGUAAAAAAUCAAUGUUUGUUUGAUUUAAAUUGACCUCAAAAAAUGAAACUUAUAAGAUAGUACAUUUAUGAUGUACGUAAUAAUAAUAUUAUUACCUAUGCAGAAUGCCUAAUUCAUAUUUAAGUACCUUGAAUAAAUUAAUGUAGCGAAAAGUAAACGAUUUUUUUUUUUUUAAGUGGGCCGGAACCCAUAUACGUCAACAACAUAAAUGCCGCAACCUACCAUGAGACAUUAGCUCUAAGUCUUAGUUUUUACAGUACAACAACUGCCCCACUCUUCAAAUCGAAACGCAAUAAUGCUUCACCGCAGAAAUAGGCAAAGUGGUGGUGCUUGCCCGUGCGGUUUUCACAAGAUGCUCUACCACCAAUAACUACAAAAUUAUCUGGACACGGGAUAUUAUAGUUAAGUAACAGCGUGAUAAGGAGCAAGGCAAUCUCAUAUCCUACAUUUUAUUAAUUUAAGACUAGACAACAUAAAUGAAGCCCACAGAUUAUACACAAUUUACUUAAAUCAUUGACGAGGGAGAUUACCUGAGAAUCCGAAAGUAGUGAUACGCUUAGGGAAUGAAGUACGAAGUGAGAGUAAACUAAUUUACAGGUCGCACACUGACUGUAAGAAUUCCAGCUUGCUACUGUUGCUGAAUAACUUUUUUUUUACACAAAAUCUCGAUGGUGUUACUGUAAAUGUAUCUAUUGUAAAGUGCAUUCGUCCAACUCCGAAAAUGCUAUUUAAAAAUACUUAUUGGUACUAAAAAUAUCGCAUAACCGGCAUCUUUCAACGGAUUAAAUUCUAUAAAUAAUACUUCAGUCGACUCUAUUGUGAAUAGCGAUCUUAUGUGAACGAGAAUACCUAUAUCCCACUUUUGUUUUUAAAUUUCAUUUUUAUAGGAACAUCGUGCCUUAGAAUUUGUUUUUUUUUUAUACUCGACGGCCUAAGAAUAAAUUUUAACCAAAAAAAAAGGAUUGUCCGGGAUGCUUCGCAAAACUUGUGAUAUAUGCUUGAUUUAAUUAACUGAAGUAGGAAAUUAAUCGAUAAUAAAUAUUAAAUUUUCCAACGAUACAAUACAUUUGAAUACUUAUAUCAUUUUAUAUAAUGUGAAAUAGUAUGAUAAUUGAAAUAACGACCACGUAUCGCCAGGUUUGAUCAAAACUGACGAAACGUAAUUAUGUAAAAUUUAAAAUAAUCGUGUCAAUUACGAAACAAGCAACAGUAACUGUGUUGGCAGUUUGGUGUUUGAGUUCUUCGAACAAGGAGAUUGUGUACUACCUAUAUACCUCGUGCGCCAAACGUUACGAGGCUGCAUGCAAUCGACUUAAAAUCAAAUCACAAGAAAAGUUCAUUUCACAAGUAACAAGUGCACUUCUAUUUUUUGUAGUUUUUUGGGUAAGGGAUUUGUCUCUGUCCUUUUCCCGCAAGUUCAGUUAAUGAUAUUUAUUUGAGGUCUGUGGGCAUUCAAUAUACUUAGUACCUACCACCCAAAAAUAAUAAUAGGAAUAUUGAAUUUAAAAGAUAAUAAAUAUUUGGGAAGUUACACACAGCCCUCACAGGUCCCAAACUAGGAUACCCUUGACUAUCGAAACCUAAGACUGAUACAUACAUACAUACUUAUAUACGUAUACAUAUCACCCAGACCUAAUUCAAACACAAUGCUUGUUAUAUGUAUGAAUGUUUACCGAAGCGGGAAUCAAACACACUAUCAUAAGCCCUGAAACAAAGGAGCUAAACUACGCUAUCGGGUCCGCGAAAUUUCAUUUACUAUAUAAUAUAUAUUAUGAUGAUGGUUUUAAAUAGUUAUACACCAUCUAAUAGUUAUAUUACACUGAAAUACUCGCUCGAUUUUUUAUUUUAUAUGAAUUUUUGUUGUAACAGCAAAGUAUGUUUAUUUGUAAAAAUAAUAAAUGUAGCUUUUUCAUCAAAUUUUUAUUUUAUAUAUACGAGAUAUACUAUGUACAUAAUUAUGUACAAAUAUAUGAUAAUACUUUUUAACAAACAAUAAAAUGUUUUAACCAUCUUUGGUAUUUCUAAGGAACUGAGAAUUGUACAAAUAUUUAUUAAUAUUAAUAAUUACUUAAUAUUAUUCAAUACUAAAAUAUAAAAAUUCAAAGGAAAA